CGCGUAUAGGCGGUGCUUAUGUAGAUACAUCUUAAUAUGCGUCAACGUCUGUUGGCUGUUGUGGGCUGGGGUUUAUGCAAAUGAGUUCCUCCCAAUAUGGAGUCUGUGGAAUGAAAUAUGGCAGAAGAGGGCAAACAUGGUGGACCGACGCCGAGAGUCAUGAGAGCGCCGCGAAACUUUUUGAAAGGCGGAUGCCGGACGGUCUGCGUCGAGUUUAACCGCUAUUUAGGUCGCGCUGUUUCCGAGAGUCGACGGGAGUAAGAAGUUUGUAAUGCAUUAGGAAACUUGUUGAAUUGUGCGUGUGUUUUUUGGAUUAAAGGAGACGGGGAGAGGCGCAGGCGAUUCCCCCCGGUCCUGUACCGUCCCGUCCCGGCGGCGCUAUGCCGUGGCUCAGCGGCUCCAAGCGGAGAGAGAGCUCGGAGCUGCCGCUGCCCGCCGGCUGGGAGGAAGCCCGGGAUUACGAUGGCCGAGUGUUUUACAUCGACCACAACACCCGGCAAACUUCGUGGAUCGACCCGAGAGACAGGAUUACUAAACCCCUGACGUUUGCCGACUGUGUGGGUGACGAGCUUCCUCUGGGUUGGGAGGUUGUGUAUGACCAGCAGAUUGGGGUUUACUACAUCGACCACAUAAACAAAACCACACAGAUCGAGAACCCGCGGACGCAAUGGCGCCAGGAGCAGGAGCGCAUGCUAAAGGAGUAUCUGGUGGUGGCACAGGAAGCCCUCAAUGCCAAGAAGGAGAUGUACCUGAUCAAACAGCAGAGGCUGGAGCUGGCGCAGCAGGAGAUGCAGCUCUUCAACCAGCUUAGCCAGGAUGACAACCGCUCCGUCACCAGCUCACACUCUGGCUCUUCUUCAAAUGCAAAAUAUGACCCUGACCAAAUCAAAGCGGAAAUCGCCUGUAGGCGUGAGCGGCUUUCUAGGCUUAAACAGGAGCUGGCCCAGAUGAGACAGGAGCUGCAAUACAAGGAAAUGGGAGUAGAGACGCUACAAGAAAUUGACCGGAAGAUGUCCAGCAGCCAGACGAAUUAUAAACUGGACGAAGCGCAGGCCAUCUUUAACGAACUACGCAGCAUAAAGGAGGCUAUCAGCUCGGGCGAGAAGGAGAGGCAGGACCUCAUCCAGAGCCUGGCCAAGCUGACGGGGAAUUUUCACAACCUUUCCAUCAGUGACUCUGUAAAUGAGGUGGGCACCAGCUCAGUGGCUCCAGGCGACUCAGUCAGCGGGCAGCAAUACACAGACGCCGGCUGUCAGACUGACCUGAUUGGAGAGGAAUCGUCCCCGUUAGUUGACAAAGUCAGGCUCACCUGGCAGUAUGAAGAGGCCAAGAAAAAAGUGUCCAGCAUUCAGCUCCAGCUGGCCAAGUUGGACAGCGAGAGCUGGUCAGGACGCGCCGAGGCCGAUCGGGAUCGUGACUGUCUGCAGCUGCUGAAGGAGAAGGAGGCACUCCUGCAGGAACUGACCCUCCUCAGUGAGCAGCAUCACCCCCCGGAGGUGCUGGUCCAGCUUGAGGAGGAGAGACUCAAACUGGAGGAGGAGGUGCAAAGAGCCCAGAGCACACACAGCCAGGGCGCCAACCAAAGGAUACUGCAGCAAGAGAAGAGGAAUGUCUUACUGAGACAGUUGGAGGAGGCGACCCGCAUCACAACCUAUCUCCACUCUCAGCUCAAAAGUCUCUCAGCCAGCACCCUGACCAUGUCCUCCAGCAGCAGCCGUGGUUCUCUAGCCUCAAGUCGGGGCUCGUUAACAUCUAGCCGUGGCUCGCUGAGCUCACUCAGCUUUACCGACAUCUACGGCAUGCCCCAAUUUGAGCGCCAGGAGGCCUGCCUGGACAUUCCUGAGCCCACCUGGCGCUACCCCAUGCCUGUGGAACCUUCCUGCAGAGACGUCUCGUCUGUGCUAGGGCCCAAACGGGUCAUCGAGGCUCCACAGUCUCUCACCUCCCUCUCGUCGCGCUCUUCUCUCUCCUCCUUGUCUCCCCCCAGCUCUCCGAUGGACACGCCGUACCACUCGGGCCCUCCGGACUGCCCACUGACGCAAAUGACUGAGGAGUACAUGGAGCUAGCCGGCCGUGGCCUGGUAAUAGAGGGCCUUCGGGGCCAAACCCACACUCAAACCCAGCAGCUAGAAGGAGAGGCAGGAGGCUCUACUACAGCUCAUCUUCUGGAGGUCAAGGGCAGUAGAGAUGGUGGUGUUCAGGGACUGUAUAGCUCUGCAGGAGUGACUCUGCGCUCUAACAGUGUGAAGCGGAGCGGCCGCCGCAGGGCUCGCCGUGUCUCUGCCGGCAUGAAUGAAGACGUGUUAGCCACGGACAGCGGCGUGUUUGAGGCCUGGAGCAGAAGCAGGACAGAGGAGACGGACGAGGUCAUGCUUAGCCGAGAUGCAAUCAGCACUUCAGAAUCCCCUCAGGUCCAGCUGGGACUGUUGUAUGAUUCCAGCUCCAUGUCUCUGCUGCUUCAUGUGCUCCAAAUGAGAAAUCUGAGCAAAGCCACUGUAAGAGAUGGCUACAAAGUCUUCUUGAAGGUGCACGUGCUGCCCGUGGAUGCCAGUCGGCCGUGCACGUACUACUGCUGCAAGGCCCAGGAGCCGCGCUCAACUCUCAGCUUUAAUGAGGGUUUCCAGAUCCUACUGCCUGCAGGGGGCGUUGUCUCCCACGCCCUGCACCUGCAGCUCUGUGCCCUCGGACCCCUCGGACACGAUGAACUACUGGGCUCAGCUCAGGUGGCACUGGCUGAUUGUGCGAGCAGCACGGAGAUGUUGUUCCAGUGGCACCGUGUGCAGCUGCUGCAGCAGGAGAACCACAGGGCCGAGCCUAGGAGCCUGUGCCAACCUGGACACAGUGUGGAUGAGGAAGAGGAGGAUGACGAAGAGCGUAGCAGAGCACACGUGUCCGCAGCGGCUCAGCUGAACGAAGGGAAAAGAGAGCUGGAUCUGAGCGAGGAGGAGCUCGAGAGGAAGGAAGAGCAGGGAGAAGCUGUGUCUGAGAGGAGUUGGCAGGCUGAAUCAGUGGACAGUGGCUGCAGUAACAGCACAGCGUUCGCCUCUCCCUGUCCUGAGGGUCUGUGUGCUGAGGGCUUCUGUAUAGCCACCGGGGGGCGCUGUGUCCCUCAUUCAGACAGGUCUCUCAUUAUAAAGGUUGACAAGGCAACCAACACCGAGCUACUGCGAAUGCAGCCUAAGGAGAGGCCAGGGCGAUAUGGACACGGCCCCCCAUUCCUGCGCACAAGCACACUGUCACGCUCACACACAUUCUCACCUGGAGCCCGCAGCCAGUAUGUCUGCAGGCUGUACCGCAGUGACAGUGACAGCUCCACUCUACCAAAGAAGUCCCCGUUUAUCAGAAACACUCUGGAGAGAAGAACACUGAGAUACAAACAGCAGCCUCACCGUUCCUCCCUGGCUGAGCAGCCCACCCGUACCUCCCUGGAUCUGGAGCUGGACCUCCAGGCAUGCCGUACGCGGCAGAGGCAGCUGAGUGAGGAGCUGAACGCUCUGAGAGAGCUGAAGAUGAGGUUGGAGGAGCCGAGUCAGUGUGUUCAGGGGCCUCAGAGUGUCCGUGGUCCAGUGGAUCUGCCUCACUCAGCCCUGAGGGACGAGCGCUUCCGCAACCUUCUGCGAGAGGCCCACAGACAAGCGAUGCAGAGCAGACAGGAGCAGAGGCAGGAGGAGGCAGCUGAGAGGAGGUUGCGAAAGGCCUCUAAAGAGGUGCUGCAGAUGAGGGGCCAGAGCCACAAAGAGCCGCUCCCUGUGCACACUUUCAGAGAGAAGAUGGCUUUCUUCACUAGACCAAGGUUCAACAUCCCACCGCUGUCAGCCGACGACGUGUGACUCCCCUCCUGGACGCCAUACCAUCAGAUAUGAAGUAUUUGUGUUUAUUUUUUGUAUCCACGCCCAUGAAGUAAUUAGAGCAACCGUAUAGUUAUUUCAGCACAAAGAACAAAAUGAAAGUUAUACAGAUUUCAACAUUCAGCUGCAAAAAAGGUGGGUGUGGGUGUAGGUGUGAGCAUGUGUGUAUGCACGCAUCCGUGCCCACAACCAUAUGCGUGACUUUUACUAUGUUUCGUGUAAUUAUUGACAUCCCCACUGAUUUCCCUUCCUGUUGUAGGGAAAACGGUUCUUUUAUAAGAGAAGAGAUGAUCUUUUUACUCCUGUACAAUGUACUUCUGAUAUUGUCUGUGCUUAUGUGAGGCUGGAAGACGGGAACAAAGUCAGUUUAGACAAAUUCACUGUACUGUAACUUAUUUUAUAGUACUUUUCCUUGAAGGAAAUAAAACUGCUUCCUGCUUUUUUUUUUUUUUUUUUUUUUUUUUUUUUUUUUUUUUUUUUUUUUUUGUUAAUGUAUUUUAUAAAGCUCAAACAAAUAGCACUUACUGUAAGUGUUUUGACGUACAGUAGAAUGAAACUUUCAGCUGAUUUUGUUUCUGUUACCUGAUUGUUUGCCUAAAGUGUCACUUUUUUGAUCCACUUUUAUUACAGGUGUCAUUUGUGCUAUUGUUUUAUUAAAAAUAUUAAUAUUAUUACUUGUACUUUUCAAUAUAUAGAUGACUAUAUGAAACACUGUUUGCAGAUUUUUUUUUUUUUUUUUUUAAUGGCGUCUGUAGGAACAUCUGCAGUGUUACCUCUUUUGUAAAGAUAAAAAGCAUUAAACGGUAAAAGUGCA